GCUGUGCCGCGCUCCUUGCUGUGUGGAGAGGGCUUGACGCUGGUGCUGCCUGAUACCGCUGCCGCCGGUUUUUUCCUUUUUUUUUUAAGCUACCCCCUUCCUUUAUUCGACUCAUUCCCGCCAUCAUGGUCAACCCGGUCGUGUUUUUCGACGUCUGCGCCGACGGCGAGCCCUUGGGGCGCGUCACCUUCGAGCUAUUUGCAGACACUGUUCCAAAGACAGCAGAGAAUUUCCGUGCCUUGAGCACUGGGGAGAAAGGUUUUGGUUACAAGGGGUCCUGCUUCCACAGAAUCAUUCCUGGGUUCAUGUGCCAGGGUGGUGACUUUACUCGUCAUAAUGGAACAGGUGGUAAAUCAAUUUACGGUGAGAAGUUUGCUGAUGAGAACUUCGUCCUCAAGCACACAGGUGCUGGCAUCUUGUCUAUGGCAAAUGCUGGUCCCAAUACAAAUGGGUCUCAGUUCUUCAUCUGCACUGCCAAAACUGACUGGUUGGAUGGGAAACAUGUGGUCUUUGGCAAAGUCAAAGAUGGAAUGAAUAUUGUGGAAGCAAUGGAGCGCUUUGGGUCAAGGAACGGCAAGACAAGCAAGAAGAUCACCAUCUCUGACUGUGGGCAGCUGUCAUAAAAUUCCUUUGUCUUAACAAUCAACCAUUCCUUCUGUAGCUGGGGUUAGUCCCCUGUAAUCCUUGUGCUCCUGACUUACUGCUGCUUUUCUAUUGGGUUUCAAUUUCUGCUCCCUCACAAGUCCAGCUGGACUGAAGACAACUUUGUUUGCAAAGUGAAAUAAAACAAGUUAAACCACA